UUAAGAGACAUGGCAUACAUUUUGACGAGAUUUGUUGAGUUUUUGAUUGGAUUUUUUUACCCAAUUGAAUUACAAGCUAAAAACAAAUAAACAUUUCUUUUUGGUUUGGAAAAUGUUAGAAUUAUAAUUUUCAACAAUGCCGAGAGUUCUACCAUUAAGAAUAUCUAUCAAAGACUGUUUUGUUUUAGUUCUUUUAGUUAUUUUCAAUACGAUACAUAUAACUGACAUGGCAAAUAACAACAUGGAUAUACAAAGUAAAGAGAAAAAAAUAAAGGGUGAAAUUAUUGAAAAAGGAGUAAGUUUUAGUGAAAGCGAAGAAGAUUACUUGAAGGACUGCCCUUCUUUGAAUCAGGAAAAUAUAGCUGAAUGUUCCUCACUAAACUAUCCGUGUGUGUCUUGUGACCGAAGCAUAGAUUGUCGAUACGGCGGUCAGUACGAGUACAACUGCACAGUGAAACCAAAAGUCGUUUGUAAUGGCAGCAAAACAUUUAAUAGAACAGCAAUGUGCCGCUUUUGCUAUCAGACUGAGAAGUGGGAGCAUAGAUGUGAUCAAAAAGCAAACUGCAACUCCCUCUCAUCACCACUCAACUACUAUCUAACAAAUUGCACAGUGUCUGAUGACAUUUUAUGUUUGGGAAGACGAAGAUUCCUGAAGAAAAUAAGGUGCUCAUGGACUGCUGGCACUCGUUGGGGCACGGCAGUCAUUCUUGCCCUUACCCUUGGUGGAUUUGGGGCAGAUAGGUUUUACCUCGGUCAUUGGCAGGAGGGGAUCGGGAAACUGUUUAGCUUUGGAGGUCUUGGAGUUUGGACCCUUGUUGAUGCUUUGUUGAUUGGAAUACACCAUCUGGGACCUGCUGAUGGGUCUUUGUUCAUAUAGACUAGUUUCAUUAGGUAAUAUAUUGUUAUAGACUGA